AUGGCUCGAAUGAAUGUUGAUCAUCGCCCUGAAACGGUGAUUGAUAUUGGGAAGGUCAACAACUUCACUGGUGGGUUGGAGUUUUCUAAUCUUACUUACACGGUAAUAAAGAAGCAAAAGCAGGAUGGGAAAUGGUUAAACCAGCAGGUCAACCUGUUGAACAGGAUCACUGGUUAUGCACCGAAAGGUUGCAUAACGGCGGUGAUGGGUCCAAGUGGGGCCGGGAAGUCAACGUUCUUGGAUGCGUUGGCUGGGCGGAUUGCGAGUGGAAGCCUCCUUGGGAAAGUGUCGUUGGAUGGCAUGACGGUGAGCCCUAGCUUGAUCAAAAGGACUUCGGCUUAUAUAAUGCAGGAGGAUAGGCUUUUCCCUAUGCUUACUGUGUAUGAGACUUUGAUGAUUGCUGCCGAUUUUCGACUCGGCCAGAUUUCAAUGGUUGACAAGAAGACCAGGGUUGAAAAGCUGAUUGGGCAGCUUGGAUUAUCUACAGCUAGAAACACAUACAUAGGUGAUGAAGGGACAAGAGGAGUGUCGGGAGGAGAGCGUAGGAGAGUUUCCAUCGGGGUGGACAUUAUUCAUGGACCAUCACUCCUUUUCCUAGACGAGCCCACUUCGGGUUUAGACUCGACUAGUGCUCACAACGUCAUCGAAAAGGUUCACCAAAUAGCUCGAGCAGGAAGCACAGUCGUUCUCACCAUCCACCAACCUUCUUCCCGAAUCCUACUUCUCCUCGACCACCUCAUCCUCCUGGCUCGUGGUCAGCUCAUGUAUCAGGGCUCACCGAAAGAUGUCAGCCUCCAUCUUCGCCGAAUGGGUCACACCAAGAUACCCAAAGAAGAGAACACCAUCGAAUACCUCAUCGAUAUUAUUAAGCAAUAUGAUCAGUCCGAGCAUGGAGUCGAAGCCUUGGCUGAAUUUGCACUUACAGGCGUCAAACCCCCUCCGUUAUCGUAUAACGGAGACAAGUCGGUUUCGACUGUGGCUUCGGCGACGAUGACUCCGGCUCGGAAUAAGUUGGAUGACUCUGUGGAUAAGAAGGGAAUUAUUAGGAGCGGUGGAAACAGAACACCUUUGCGUGGGAGUGAAAAUUCUAUCAGUGAUUUUGAUCAUAGUUUGAGAAGCCCUUAUAACAAUAAUAAUUCCAGAUCAUGGACUGCUAGUCCCAGUGGUGGGGUUUCACACUUGUUGAAGUUUACAACUUCUCGGCAACGUCCUGAUCAGAGAAUGCAAAAUCCCAUCAGUCCAUCUCCUGGAUACUAUAGCUACUCGAGUGAGAUCCUUCCAGGCACACCAACACCUCAUAGCAGUGACUACACCGUCAACGAAAACGAUUAUCUGACACCAGAACAUGAAUCUGAAAACCACCACAUGGCAUACAAACACCUCGGUCCAAAAUUUGCCAAUUCAUUCUUCCCAGAGAUUUGGAUUCUCAUGAGGAGGAACUUCAAGAACAUCCGGAGAACACCAGAGCUUUUCCUCUCGAGGCUCGUCGUCCUCACAUUCAUGGGCUUCAUGAUGGCGACAAUGUUCUUGAAACCCCCAGCAACUCUCCAAGGGAUCACAAACCGCCUCAGCUUCUUCAUCUUCACAGUCUGCGUCUUCUUCUUCUCUUCCAACGACGCCGUCCCGGCCUUCAUCCAAGAGCGCUUCAUCUUCAUCCGCGAGACCUCGCACAACGCUUACAGAGCUUCGACUUACACCAUCGCCGGACUGAUAACCUACCUUCCAUUUCUUGCGCUGCAAGCAGCCGUGUAUGCAGGCAUUGUUUGGUUCGCUUUGAAGCUUCGUGGGCAGUUUUUGUACUUCUAUAUCGUCCUUUACGUUUCGCUUCUUUCGACGAACUCUUUCGUGGUGUUCGUGAGCUCGGUGGUGCCUAAUUACAUCCUCGGUUACGCGGCGGUGAUCGCUUUCACCGCCUUGUUCUUCCUCUUCUGCGGAUACUUCUUGAACAGCAAUGACACUCCUUCAUAUUGGAGUUGGAUGAACAAGAUUUCGACCAUGACAUAUCCAUAUGAAGGGCUUUUGAUCAAUCAGUAUCAAACUACGGAUGUUUUUGGACAAGAUUCGUAUGGAAAGAAUGUGACUGGGAUUGAUAUAUUGAAAAGUCUUGGUGUUUAUGAUGAAGAUGAAUCGAAGAAGUGGGAAAAGGUAGUAAUAAUGUUGGGUUGGGCUGUUUUUUAUAGGAUUUUGUUUUACAUUGUUAUUCGUUUCGCGUCUAAGAACAAGAGGACGUAG